UACCAAGUGGAAGUAAUGUUGAAGAAGUCUGAAAAUACUUCGGGUUCGUUCUCGUCAGACGGCGUAGCAAACUCAAUUGGAUAAUUUAUUUAUAACCCAGAAGAAGGUACUACUUUUUCUGCAUAUUUUAGAAGAUACGAAGAAAUCUUCAAAGAAGAAAGUAAAAAUUGGAAUGACGAGAAGGUGCGACUACUUCUAAGAAAGUUAUCCCCAGCCGAACACGAAAUAUACUGUAAUUAUAUUCUGUCGAAGAAACCAAGUGAGAUUUAUUUCGAUGAAACAAUUAAUUUGUUAUCGAGAAUUUUCAGUGAAAGAUGUUCCCUGUUCAUUACUCGUUGGUAGUGUUUAAAUUUAGUUAAAAAAGAUGACAGAGAUUUCGUCACCUAUGCUGGGGUCGUUAACAGAAAGUGUGAAAAACUCAAAUUAAAUGAAGUAACCAUGUAUUUGUUCAAAUGUCUCAUUUUUGUCCAAGGGUUAACUGCAAGAAAAGAUGCUGAUAUACGUUCCCAUAUAUUAACAAAAUUAAAACAGGACCAAAAAUUAAUUCUACAGGCAGUGGCUGAAGAAUGCCAGAGGAUUAUAAAUCUAAGAUAUUAUGCGGAUAAAAUUGAAGGAAAAGGUUGGUCUCAGAUACAUGCGUGUCGACUCGAAACGGAUAAGAAAAAGGGAAAACGAACGUCAAGACCUAAUCCAUGCUAUGGGUGCGGUGGUUUACAUUUUAGAAGUAAUUGUCCUUUAAAAAUCGUAAAUGUUUUGAGUGUGGUAACAGUGGAAUUUCUACACGAACUUUUCGCUAGGGAAGACGGAGUAGUAACAAAAUGAAUUGGCAAAAUGACAUACAUGAUUAGAGGCGAAAAAUGGGAACAUAAAAGACAUUUAAACCAGCUAAAAAUUAAAAAAAUACGGAGACACCCAUGGAAGUGUUGUACGACACUUUUGAUGUUCCAACGUCACAAGAAAUCGAACCUAGUCGUCGUAGCAGCACAGGAAAGAGAAAGCAAAUAGAACGGUUGGAAAUAGUGCCUAAACGGAAGAAAUAUUAAAUUUUUCUCGGAAGAAAAUCUCAAAAAGGAAGAAUGAAAGAAAAAUAAAUAAAUCGCAGGAGUAGCUGUGUGAUAAAGAGCAAACAUCAUCCACUUGAUGUGAAACUAACACUUUUCCAAUACCAAACAUGCCCAUUCUGUUGUAAAGUUCGAGCCAUGCUAGAUUACCGAGGUUAUUCAUAUGAUGUUGUUGAAGUUAACUCUAUUUGGAGAACACAGAUCAAAUGGUCAAAAUAUAAAAAAGUUCCAAUACUUGUAUGUGAAGGUAUUGGAGAAGAUAAUUAUUUGCAAAUUAAUGACUCAUCUGUUGUGAUGAGUUUAUUUGAAUCACAUUUAUGGGACAACUCACAGUCAAUAGAAAAACUACUAACAUAUUUCCCUGCAAUUGAAUCAAAAGAUACGAGAGGCAAAACUGUAUAUGAAUUUCCUAAUAAAUAUUUUAUCAUGUUUCAAGAAGGUACACCUUAUGCUAACGAGCAAUUUCUCAAAAAGGAACGUAAGUGGCGCAAAUGGGUAGAUGACCGACUUGUUCAUACAUUGUCUCCCAAUGUUUACCGCACACCUUCUGAAGCUCUUCAGGCUUUUAAAUAUUUUGAAAACGUUGGUGACUGGAAAAAUAAUUUCUCAAAGUUUGAGUGUUUCUUUAUUGUACAUAUUGGAGCUGCUGCCAUGUAUUUUGUUGCCAAGAUGUUAAAGAAAAAACACAAGCUUCAUGAUGAUGUACGCUUUUCCUUAUAUGAAGCCUGUCGAGAAUGGAACAACGCCUUACAGAAAGAGCCAUUCAUGGGAGGAAAUUCUCCAAAUUUAGCAGAUUUAUCGGCUUAUGGUGUUUUGAGCUCAAUUGAAGGUUGUACAGCAUUUCAAGACUUGCUUGAAAACACGAAAAUAGGUAAAUGGUAUUAUAGAACCAAAGAAGUUGUUACUAAUCAGAAAGGAAUUGGCUUACAUGAUCAAUUUAGAGGAUAACUUUGAAGAAACUAGCUGUUUUCAAAAUUUCUGGAUUAAACAGACACAGAACUUUUUUUUUUUUUUUUUUUAAAUAAAACAAAAAAGUUUAAAAAGAAAAGUUUGUUAAUAUAUUUGAUGCUAACAUAAACUGUAAUUAAGCUUCAUUUUCAAACAUUUGGCUUGUUUUUCAUCCAGAGAUAAUUUCUCAAAUAAAAGGAAAGUGUUAUAGCCAUAAA